UGUGCCCUUGUGAGGCUGGCAUGCAGGAUGGCAGGACAGCCCAGCCACAUGCCCCAUGGAGGGAGCCCGAACAAUCUCUGCCAUACACCAGGGCCCACGCACUCUCCUGAUCUCCAGAGGCUCCCCAACACCCUGUCUUUUCGCUGCUCGCUGGCGGACUUCCAGAUCGAGAAGAAGAUAGGCCGAGGACAGUUCAGCGAGGUGUACAAGGCCACCUGUCUGCUGGACAGGAAGACGGUGGCUCUGAAGAAGGUGCAGAUCUUUGAGAUGAUGGACGCCAAGGCGAGGCAAGACUGCGUCAAAGAGAUCGGCCUCCUGAAGCAACUGAACCACCCGAACAUCAUCAAGUAUUUGGACUCAUUUAUCGAGGACAACGAGUUGAACAUUGUGCUGGAGCUGGCCGAUGCAGGUGACCUGUCUCAGAUGAUCAAGUACUUUAAGAAGCAGAAGCGGCUCAUCCCCGAGAGGACGGUGUGGAAGUACUUCGUGCAGCUGUGCAGCGCCGUGGAGCACAUGCACUCACGCCGGGUGAUGCACCGAGACAUCAAGCCUGCCAACGUGUUCAUCACGGCCACAGGCGUCGUGAAGCUCGGUGACCUCGGUCUGGGCCGCUUCUUCAGCUCUGAGACCACCGCAGCCCACUCUCUAGUUGGGACGCCGUACUACAUGUCACCAGAGAGGAUCCAUGAAAACGGCUACAACUUCAAGUCCGACAUCUGGUCCCUGGGCUGUUUGCUGUACGAGAUGGCCGCUCUCCAGAGCCCCUUCUACGGGGAUAAAAUGAAUCUGUUCUCCCUCUGCCAGAAGAUCGAGCAGUGUGACUACCCGCCUCUCCCUGAGGAGCAUUACUCAGAGAAGUUACGAGAACUGGUCAGUAUGUGCAUCUACCCUGACCCCAACCAGAGACCUGACAUCGGAUACGUGCACCAGGUAGCCAAACAGAUGCACAUCUGGAUGUCAAGCACCUGAACGUGGCUGCACCACAACUUAUCCGCGGUCAGCACCACUUUGCCUUACCUGAGUCUUCUCUCCAAGUGGCCACCUGGUAGCCUAGAACAGCUAAGAUAAGAGGGUUCCUCAGGCUCGCCAAAGGGGCCGGGCUUCACAGCAGAUGCUGACUGCAGAGCAGCUGGUGGGAGGGGCGCUGGUCACAUGUUACUGAUGGUCAUAUUCAAAGUCCUUUCUUUAUACUGUGUGGACAGUCUCAGCUGGCUUAACAAGGGUAUGUGGUUCAGUGAGCCACUGACAUCCCACCUUGUAUCUGGAAUGUAAUGUGAAUUUUUAGGGUAAUUCCUUCAGUGACCUGUCAAGGCUUAUACUAACAGGAGACUUGCAGAACUGUGUGAUUUGUGUAGUAAACCUUUGAAAAAGGUUAGUAGCAAGUUCAGUUUAGUUCUUACUAUCUUUUCAAUCAAGCUGUGUGCUUAAUUUACUCUGUUGUAAUGGGAUAAAGUUUAAGUGGGGCGGAGAUUUUGCUAAUAUUUGUAUCUAUGUUUUAUAACUUGAUGGAUGACAAUGAGGUGAACCCAGCACAUGGCAUAGACAUCACCAGGCAAAUGGUAUUGGAAAGCCAGGAGUGUUCUCCUUACAGUCUACUCCAGCCAUCUUCUCCUGAACACCUGCCAAGGACCACACACUCAUCUCCUCCUUGAAUGCUGGCGGUUCAUUUCGUGAUCAGUGUUAAGCAUUUUCCUCCAUGGUUUUUUUUAGCCUUUCUGAGCCUUAGUUUCCUCAUCUGUAAAAUGGGACUAGUAGUAUCUACCUUCAGGGUUGCUGACAGAAUUUGAAAUAAAAUAUGCAAGAUAGCUAGCACAUUGUAGAUGAUCCAAAAGUGGUAGCCACUCAUCCCUUCACAAAACUUAAGUCCAUGGACCAUGUAAUUCAAGAAUUAAAGUACAGCUGUAUCAUAUGUAGGAAACCCAAAAUGUGUUCAUUUUAUUUCUUGUUCCCAAAUAGGAUUAACUGUGAAGACUAAUUUAUAAAUGUGAACUUAAGGAAAACUCAAGCUCUGAAGGAAAUAGCUUGAAUUGUUUUUAUAUACUCAAGUUAACCCUCAAAUGAUCUAAGCUGUCAUCACUGACUUGGUGACAGUGCAGCCCUCCAGAUAGGAGCACCAUUGGCACUUUGGUCAGGUGCUUCCUGACACUUACCUGGCUGCCUGUGGCAACCUCGCUGGCCAGGCUUCCCUGGGGAUAGAACACCUGGUGCGGGCCACUGCUGUUUCCACGAGUGAACUCUGUUCUACUGUAACACUGUCGGGCUCGAGAGAUUCUCUCCAGAUCAGCCUUUGCUCUGUACUUGUUCUCCAUGUUUGAAAUAAAACGGGGUAAGAGGA